UGCUGCUUCAGAUCUGUGGCUGAGAGGCAGGAAAUCAGAUCUUUUCACAGUUUGUCAAGCAAGAAGAUAAGAGUAGGCAGUAGACCAGAACGUUACAGCUGGAAUGGCAGAGUGCACAGCUCCUACUUCUGUAGAACCUGCACAAACCAAAGGCAAUGGCUCAUCACCAACAGAUAAUGAGUCCUUUUGGAAUCUGACAUGCUACAUGGUCCUGUCUAAAGCAGAGGAGACAGCCAUCGGCUCCAUCUGUUUCCUGGCAGGCCCUAUCACACUGCUGGAAAAUGCUCUUGUGCUGGCGGUGAUUGCCUCCACAGUCACCUUGCGAAAGCGGCCGUCCUAUCUGUUCAUUGGCAGCCUUGCUCUGGCUGAUGUCUUUGCCAGUUGUUUCUUCACCACAAGCUUCCUACACUUUCACCUCUUUCGUCACGACGAUGGCCCGACUGCCUAUCUCUUCAAGUUGGGCGGUGUCACCAUGGCCUUCACCAGUUCAGUGGGGAGUUUACUGCUGACUGCUCUGGACCGCUACCUUUGCAUCCACCGGGCCUCCAGCUACAAGGUGCUGCUGACACGCCACAGAGCUCUGCUGAGCCUUCUGAUUCUUUGGAGUGUAACCAUCUUUCUCUCCUUCUUGCCUCUGAUGGGCUGGAGGUGUCCCACAGGCCUUAAUCCACCUUGCUCGCGCUUGUUUCCCUACAUCAAUAAGCACUAUCUGGCCUGCUGGACCAGCUUCAUCCUGGUGCUUCUGGCUCUCAUUCUGGGAGCUUAUUCUCUCAUCCUGUGGAAGGCCCACCGCCAUGUAUCGUCAAUGACCAGCCUCCACGGAGCAGCAGGAAAAGGUCACGCUCGCAUGAGGAUGGACAUCCGGUUGGCUCGCACCUUUGGCCUCAUUUUGCUCAUACUGGUGGGCUGCUGGCUUCCUGUACUUUCUUUCAUGUUAGUAGAUGUCUCAGAGAUCCUGACCCGUUCCCAACAGAGGGCAUUUGCCUUCUGUAGCACCCUCUGUCUGGUCAACUCUGCAGUCAACCCACUGCUGUAUGCCCUGCGCUGUCGAGAGCUAAGACUUGCUCUGUUGCGGCUGCUACAAAGGCUGUGUGGGAAGGGAAGAUGUAAAAAAUCUACAGAAGACUCAAGCAAUGGACUGCCCUCUGCAGAAGACAACUGUACUGCCGUCUCUGAGGAUGAGGUGCCCAAGCCCAGAACCGCUCGACUUGACUCCAUUUCAGAAAUGGUGAACAAUCACCAGCUGAACAUGAGAGAGUGAAGGAAGAUGAACAUUAAAAUAAAAGCAAUACAGUUUGUGAAAAGCUUGUUUCAUGGCAGCUUUUAGCUUGUAGUGAAGAAGGGGAACGCAGUGUAAAAACAGUUCAACACCAUCACUGUAGAUUAGGAAUAAAAUCUGUCCAUUAAUGAAAAGGAACUUAUUGCUUUUAAAACUGUAAUUAUAAGUAAACACCACAUGUUAACAAUGCUUGCAGAAACCCUGGGAAUUACUAUGUGACCUAUGCAUUACUUUAAUUAUAAGAGAUUAUUAAGUAUAUAGUUAAGUAUUAACCUUUAAUGUUAUUACCAAUUUAUGUGGUUAACAUUUGAUGAGCUAGUUACACAGAGGACACAAAGAGCUUUAUUUUUUCAGCAUUUUGCAAUAAGUGCACCAGGAUGAUUCGAAUGAAUAUAAAUCUCUCUGCACUCAUUUAGACUAAGAAAAUUGUUUAGUCUGAAUGUAUGUUAGCUUUAUUGAAGUGAGAUUAUUCAUUGCCAUUGGCCUCUAUGUCUCCAACCUCACUACUUUAGCACUCUAUGAAAUACUGUGUCCCGUGAACUGAACUGCUGACUUUUGGGCUCACCACACGAUAGAAAAGAGGAUUUGUUGUUAGCAUGCUUCUUUAUUUUUGAGUGUAUGCCCCCUGAGAAUGCAGGAACAGAGGACGCAGUGGGUCGCCUGUCCUAUCUGCACAUGAAUGCCAGGACUCCACAAAAGCAUCAUGCAGAAUUUCACACAAUGGUCACCACAUGAAUCCAAGCAGCGUGCCGAGGUGAAUGGAGCACAUGUUAGGAAGAGACACUAGAACAGUCUUUGCAAUUGUAAAAACUGGCAUCUGCAGCAGAGCCCGCACUGCUGCGCUCACAGUGACACAGGGUAACAGAAAUAGAUCAUCAGAACCACCACUUAUUAAUUUAAGGUCAUUGGAAAUGCUUUAGAACACCUGUUUCAUCCAUCAUUUGUAUUUAUUAAAAGUAACA